ACCACGCCGGCCCCGCCUCCGCCUCCCGCGGCGCCACCGCCCGCGCAGACCCAGAGCGCGGCCGCGGACGAAGAUGGCGACCGCCAUGUACUUGGAGCACUACCUGGACAGUAUCGAGAACCUUCCCUGUGAACUUCAGAGGAACUUCCAGCUGAUGCGAGAGCUGGACCAGAGGACGGAAGAUAAGAAAGCCGAGAUCGACAUCCUGGCUGCCGAGUACAUUGCCACGGUGAAGACCCUCUCGCCCGACCAGCGCGUGGAGCACCUGCAGAAGAUCCAGAGCGCCUACAGCAAGUGCAAGGAGUACAGCGACGACAAGGUGCAGCUGGCCAUGCAGACCUACGAGAUGGUGGAUAAACACAUCCGAAGGCUGGACGCGGACCUGGCUCGCUUCGAGGCGGACCUGAAGGACAAGAUGGAGGGCAGCGACUUUGAAAGCUCCGGAGGACGGGGCCUAAAAAAAGGUCGAGGUCAGAAAGAAAAGAGGGGCUCCCGGGGCCGUGGCAGGAGGACCUCAGAAGAAGACACCCCAAAGAAGAAGAAGCAUAAAGGAGGGUCUGAGUUCAGUGACACUGUGCUGUCUGUGCACCCGUCCGACGUGCUGGAUAUGCCUGUGGACCCAAACGAGCCCACCUACUGCCUGUGCCACCAGGUGUCCUACGGGGAGAUGAUCGGCUGCGACAACCCGGACUGUCCCAUCGAGUGGUUUCACUUUGCCUGCGUGGACCUGACCACGAAGCCCAAGGGAAAAUGGUCAGUACGAGUGCCAGCUCCCCUGCCGCUGGUCCUGGUCCGCAGCGGGGCUGCCGUUUUCCGUGUUCCCCUCAGUGGUGGCUGUCACUUCAGUAAAGCUGGCCAGUCCCCAGGGACAGGACCCUUUGUCGACCUGUGCUGAGUGACAGCCUGGACCGCUGCCCUCCUUGUCUCUGUGUGUGGCGCCCGGUUUCCCGCGUUGCGUGUGCAGAGGGCGGGAGCAGCCCCUGAGGCACAGUCUUCAGUGGGUGACUGGGGGGCGAGGUGCAGGAGGCUGGGAGGGCAGCGGGAGCCGUUUGCGGGACUUCCGGGGGGAGGGGCUCUGCAGGCGAGGGUCAUCCCCCGUGUCCGGGGAAAGGGCGGGACAGGCAGAGCCUGGGAACCUGGGUGACCUACCCUUGUUGCCCAUCCCCGGGUCCGCGGUGCUCCCACGGAGAUGGCAGAGCCCAGAGUGUGGGCGCUCACUGGCCAGUGUCGCUCCUCUGCAGCCUGGCAAGGAUGUGCCUGCUUGGGGGCCUGGAUUGAUGCUGGUGAAUGGUGGCCUGGGGCCUGGCAGCUGCGUCGCGUGCACGUCAGCCGUCUCCCUUGUGUCUCUGGGCCGAGUCUCAGGCUCUGGAACCUGCUCGCCGGGGUCGUCAGGGAGUGCCUGUUCAUCAUGCAGUUUCCAGGGCCGCUCAGCCUGGCUUAUCCUGGGGCAGUGCCAGGGUCUGCGCCUGCCUGCUUGGGGUGCGCCAGCGGGGUGGGUCACCUCCAUUUUGGUCUCGGUGGCCCUGUCAUCACACAGGGAGGGCCAGUGACCCUGACCGAGAGGACACCUGCUCGUUGAUCUGUGUCUCCUCCACCGAGUUCAGGGCAGAUGUGCCAGAUGGAGCAGCCACAUGGGUUUCCCUGGUGGGAGACACAUGCCCUGUGGGUCUCUUGUCUGGCGCCGUGUCGCCAGCAUCCAGCCGUGCUGGGAGAUGCCAGGCACAGGGCCUGGGCCUCCCAAGUGCAGGGCCCUCACUGCACCUCUCCUGUUGCAGGUUCUGCCCACGGUGCGUCCAGGAGAGGAGGAAGAAGAAGUAAGGGCGAGGCCGACGCCUGGGCUGGGGCCAGCGCCCACGUUUCUGCAGUUCUUGUUGCAAUAUUUUAUCUUCAUUUUAAAACUACCUUGUUCUGAACGAUCUUUAAUAACCCAAUGGCCAGUUGUCAUUCUGGAUGUUUCCUGAAACAGUCACCUGAGCCCUGUUUGCACAGAGGUGUGAUCUCAUGGGGACUUGCCACAGUGACUUUUCCUUGUGACUCUGUACAGCGCCAGCGCCAGCGCCAGGGGCCCCGUGGGGGUGUGACGCGGCCGUCGCCCUUGCUGGAGGUGUGAGCCUGGCCUUGGCUGCCUGUGUUUCCAGGGGCUGCUCCCCCGGGGCCCGGCCCCUGGGCACAUCUGCCGUGGAGAGCGCGGGUGUGCGGAGCCCGGGAAGGGUCGGCCACACUGCCUUUCCAUCUGGACCCCCGGUUCCCUCUGUGAGGGGUUGACUUUCUGGAGCACAUGGUUCUCCAUCAGCCCACAGGCUGUCGGUCCCUGCGACCAGGGCCAGUGAGGUGGCCGCCGUUCUCCUUCUCCGGGGGCUGCUGACGUUCUUACUGUGAAGAUGCGUCGUCGUCGUGACAGCGUGAGGACAGUGUCUGUGUAGAAGCCAGUCCAGGUUCCUGGGAGGCGGUCAGCUUCUUAGAGCCGAGGGGACGACGGUUCCGUGCUGUGAUUUGUGAAGUUCUGGAAUGAAGCUGGGCACCCGGAGCGCACUAUGUCUUUGGUCAGCUUUCGCAGGCUGGCUUGGAGCCGUCUGGGGCGUCGCGGGGAGACGGCGCGCGUUUGGUGCACUGUCAUCCGUGUGUCGCGGUUCAGAGAGUGUGACCGAGACCCUCUGGCGUGGGUCAGCAGCGGCCAGAGGCCUCCGCGGGAGGAAGGGCUUCCAGCCGGAGGUGUGCGGGUCAGACGGGAAGUGCCCAGCCAGGAAGAGGCGCACCUGCCACGGCCGCCACUCCGCCUGUUGCCUCGUGUCGCCGUGGAGGCGGUCGGGCAGGAAGGACCGUGAGGCCACGGCCCGGCUCCAGGGUCAGUGCAGCGUGCGUGGCCCCCUGUCGCGGGCUGCGCGGUGGGGCUGGUGGCUUCCCGGGCAGACAGCGCUCCGGAACCGAUUCCUUCCUGCCCCAGAGAAGGGGCCGCCUCUGAGCGAGUGCUGGCCGCAGCCUCGGGCUCCACCUCGGCCCGGACCCAGGGGCCUUUGUAUUUAGAAACCUAGCUUGUUGUUACCACAGGUAUUUAAAGCUUGUGGGGAAUAAACUGUGGAAAAAUGUUGUCCUUCACUCUUUGACCAGUUUCUGCGGAGAAGACAGGUAAGUACAGGGAGCCUGUGCUGUUCCUUGAAAAGCUCAUUUGGUUUUUGCACUUCGUCUCUGAACACUUCCCACUCGCUGUUAUCACAGAAAACGAUGGUGUUUGUGGGCCUGGGCUGGUGGCUGUGCUUUCUGAUUGUCACCUGGUUUCCUGAGGCCUUGGUCACUUCCCAGGAAGGGUGACCGAUCUCUCUCGCGCUUCUGGUUGGACUUCGAUGGUGUCAGCCUGCUGCUCACCAUGCCUAAACACCCCACGGUGGGUCUUGUCUUUUUUUUUUUUUUGAACUUUCUGUGCUUAUGUGUUUCUAGUGUUUACUUUUGCUGGUUACAAUAAUAUCAACCAAAAUAAUGCUCAUGUAGCUUUGGAGAAAACGGAAAACCCGAGCAGAUAGGCUGAGUCCCUGGAGCGCUGUUUGGAGCACGACCGAACCUCCCUGGCGCCUGGUGCCGUGCCACUUGGAGGACAUGGGGGUGGCGGGGGUGGCUCAAGGCCUGGCUGCCUUCCUCCUGGGGUGAUCAGGCCAGACCCUACGGGCCAGCUGGGCUGCUCUGGCUCUGCUGCUGCCGGGGGCCUGGGCUUGGCUGUGAGGGAAGGGCGUCCUGGCCGAGGCAGAGCGGCCAGCCCUCAGGCGGGUGACCCCUACUUCCCCCCCUGGAGACCUCGCGCUGCCCUAAUGAAAACAGCUCAUUCAACUCAGGCAGAGCUAGUGCAGCUCAUGGCCAGGAUACAGGCGCUGAGGCUCAUGUGACUGCACCCGCCGUGCAGGCAACGUAAAACUGGUACUGCCAUGACCAUGUGAGCAGGUGGCCUCCUGUCUGCCUGGAGCAGCAAGUGGGGGACACAGCCGUGGGCAGCAGAGGUGGCGGGUUGCAGGGCUGCAUGGGGACGGUGGCCAGCUGUGUGUCAGUGCUGUCUGCUGACUGUCACUGGCAGCCGUCGGCAGGGACUGUUUCAAGCAAUAACGCUCCCCAAGAGCAGCUUCCCACGUGGCCACAGCCGGGCCCCGUUGCAGGGCUGGGCGUUGAGGGUGCAAGGCUGCCCUCAGUUUCCGCGAAUGCCGGUCGGUGUUCAUUCCUGUGCUGGGAGGAAUUCUAAAACGGGGAGUCUCAGAAAAAUGUCCUCAUUCAGAAGGGAGUUCUGUGAAAUUUCUUUCUUGUGUUCACCUUACCACACUUCAUCCCAAAAGAUGAUGCAGCUUUAACGUGAAUGUUACAUUUUAUUUUCCAGGAGUUAUUAUCGAUGUCCUCUUUGUAAAGGAAAGAUGCUACUGUAAAUCUUUUUAUUAAAUGAUGUAAAGAUGUAUAUCUGUAUUUUUGGAUCAUGUUAUAGAAUAUGGAUAUAUUGUUUAAUGAAUAAAGUAUUUUUUUGGAACAAACA